GGCAGAAGAUGGUAUCGUUUGCUUCCAAAAUCCAAGGCUGCCACUGCUUAUCAAAGCCGGAGUAACAAGACAUUGGAUGAGCAAUCUCAGCGAUCGCAAGCUUAACUAUACGCUUAAAAUUGAAAACCCUGAUUCGUGUUUCUCACUUGAUCCUGGCCAGAUAAGUGGUGAAAUAGCAGAAAAAGGCCACAUCAGUAUUAUCAUUACUAGAAAGCCAGGAUAUGGAAAAGAAGACAAAAUGACAAUCCAAUACAGUGGAGCUUUGAAUGGAAAGACAAUAGUCAGAAUGGUUCCAGUUGACUAGCUGUAAAUGUAUCAAUG